UUGAAAAGUGGCCCGACACAGGGAUCUUUCCCCGCUGAGAAAUAUCUCGAACCUCCCGCGGGCAGUGAGGAUUUUCAGAGUCGUCCAGCUGAGUUUGCUUUUUACCCCAGUUACGGGGCACCUUACCAACCCGUGGCAGGGUACCUGGACGUGUCGGUGGUCCCUGGUUUGGGGGCUCCAGGAGAGCCUAGGCAUGAGACUCUGCUGCCCGUGGAUGGUUAUCAUCAGCCCUGGGCUCUGGGAGGAGGUUGGAGCAGUCAGAUGUGCUGCCCCAAGGAGCAGGGGCAGACCGGGUACCUCCUGAAAUCAGCUUUUGCAGACUCCCCUGGACAGUUACCCCCCGACGGCUGCUCCUUUCGCCGGGGCCGCAAGAAGAGAGUCCCUUACAGCAAGGGACAACUGAAGGAGCUGGAAAAGGAAUACGCCAGCAGCAAAUUCAUCACCCGCGACAAAAGGAGAAAAAUCUCUGCCGCCACCAACCUCACGGAGCGACAAAUCACCAUCUGGUUCCAAAACAGGCGCGUCAAAGAGAAAAAAGUCGUGGCUAAAAUCAAAAGCAGCACCAGCAGUACCCCGUGA